AUGUCGGAGUUCUGGCUAAUUUCUGCCCCGGGAGAUAAAACAAAUCUGCAGGCAUGGGAGAGAAUGAACACGGUGACGUCUAAAUCCAACCUGUCCAGCAACAGCAAAUUCCAUAUUCCAGACCUAAAGGUGGGGACACUGGAUGCUCUUGUUGGUCUGUCAGAUGAGUUGGGAAAACUUGAUAGCUUUGCUGAAAGUGUAAUAAAGAAAGUAGCCCAGUACAUAGGAGAAGUUAUGGAGGACUCGAAAGACAAAGUCCAGGAAAAUCUUCUGGCCAAUGGAGUUGACCUGAUCAGCUACCUGACACGGUUUGAGUGGGACAUGGCCAAAUAUCCCAUAAAGCAGCCGCUGAAGAAUAUCUCAGAAGCAUUAGCAAAGCAAGUGACUCAGAUAGAAACAGACCUAAAGACCCGAUCAGCUGCGUACAACAACAUCAAAGGAAAUUUGCAAAGCCUGGAGAAAAAAACGGUGGGAAAUCUGCUGACUCGAACGCUAGCAGACAUUGUGCAUAAAGAAGACUUUGUUCUGAAUUCCGAGUAUCUUAUCACGCUGCUCGUCGUGGUGCCAAAGUCAAGCUACGUGCAGUGGCAGAAGACCUAUGAAUCCCUCUCUGAUAUGGUAGUGCCUCGCUCCACCAAAAUGAUUGCUGAGGAUGCAGAGGGAGGACUCUUCACUGUCACCUUGUUUAGAAAAGUGAUGGAGGACUUCAAGGCUAAAGCCAGGGAGAACAGGUUCAUGGUUCGAGAAUUUUAUUUUGAUGAGAAGGAACUGAAAUGUGAAAAGGAAGAGCUGAUGAAACUAGCUUCUGAUAAGAAACAACAAUAUGGCCCGUUACUGCGCUGGCUGAAAGUGAACUUCAGUGAAGCAUUUGUGGCUUGGAUUCACGUGAAAGCCUUGCGAGUUUUUGUUGAAUCUGUCCUGAGGUACGGCCUCCCCGUGAAUUUCCAAGCAAUGCUGCUGCAGCCAAACAGGAGAUCUGUGAAACGCCUGAGAGAUGUCCUGAAUGUGGUCUUCAAGCACCUGGAUGAAGUUGCAGCAGCAAGUAUAAUGGAUCCUGGCAUGGACAUCCCUGGCUUACAGCUGAGUAAUCAAGAAUACUAUCCUUACGUCUACUUCAAGAUUGACCUCAGUAUUCUUGACUGCAGUUAA